AUGCACUUCUCAAAGCUUCUAGUCCCGUUCGCCCUGUUUGUCCUCAACGCCAACGGCGUCCAGGCUGCCAGCGACGGUGCCAGCACCAGCGGCGUUAAAGCCACCGGCGACAUGGGCAGCCCCCGCGGUGUCCAGGAUGCCGGCGGUUCCCCCGGUGCUCCCGCCUCCUCCGUCGCUCAAGCUUCCUCCGGUUCCUCCAAGCCAUCCCGUCUCACCCGUAUCAGCCGUAUCGGCCGUCCCAAGCGUUCCAACCGUCCCAACCGCCCAAAGUCCACCAAGAUGUGUCAGACAAGUCUGCUUUCCUCAACCGGUGUCGUGGUUAGGACAAUGUCCCUCGUUCCCGGCGAAGACAACCUAUUCUCGUAUCCCGAUGGUCCAGACCAAACGGAGCACGUGAUCACGGUUAAGCCAAGCAAAUUGACAUGCAAGCCUUCGAUAACUGAAGGAGGGAUCCCCGAGGGGUGGAAGUGGAAGUAUAUGAAAGUUUGA